CAAUUUUUGUCUUUUUUUCUAUCAAGUUGGGGUUUUUUUUUACAUUUUACGAGAGACGAAUAAAAACGGUGCAGAGAACCGAGAGCAGAUUCUAAGAGAUAUUGAAAUCCUUGUAGCAGAUAGCGGCGAGGACAGUACAAUAAAAUCGUGGUACGAAUGCAGAAGGCAGAGGGUAUAAGAAAAGUAUGUGGAAAAAAAAUGAGAUGAGAAAGAGAUGAGGAUGAGAAAAAGCGUCAUCCCGUAAACAGAUGCGGUGUAUAACUUGGGGUAUAUCAUUCCCACACGUAUGAUAAAAACGUCGUGCAAAGAUGAAAAAGCAAAAUAUGGAGGAAAAAUAAAUAGUGAAAAAGGAGAAACGGAAAGUCGAGGGAAAGGAAAAAAAAAAUAAAAAAAAAAAUUACGCUUUUCCUUUUUCCGUCGCAUCGGCCGGAGGUAGGUACGCCGUACGUACACGUAUCCCGUACACACACGUACGUGUAUGCGCAACACGCGCGUACAUCUGCGUUCUUUUUAUUCCGUUUCCCUCUUCAGCUUUGCCAACCAUCUCCGGUCGCCGUUUGCAACGGGAGUAAAAAAAAAAAGAAAAAAAAAAAAAAAACUCCGCCAGACACAUGUCUUUCCCCUUGGGAUAUCUGGUACCGUUUCUCGUUUUGUUUCUCUUAACCGGAUCCCCUGCGUUUUCUGAGCGUAAAUAUGCGCGCGUAUCAAAGGCGUUUUGUAACUCGAAUUGUCGAAGAGCUUGGCGGCCGGUAUAGGUGGCCGUGUUUUCGUGUUAUCGCCUUCAUUGUUGAUUGGUUAUUUUGUAAAAAAAAACAAAAAAAUAAAAAAUAAAAAAAUAUAUUAAGGCGAAUCUGCGCUCACCGUGCGAUCUCCGCGGUGGGAUACGAUCCACUUGCGUAACUCGGCCGCAAAUAUUACCCGGAGAUUUCCAAGAAGGAGAUAAUAGGCGUACGAGUAAAACAAUUAACGUUACAAUUAUGAAGUGGAAUUUAAAUUGCAUACGAAAAUAUUUCACUGAAAUUACAAAACGUAGACUCCGCGAGAGAACGGUGGGUAAGUGCAUCGGGCGUGGAAAGCGCAUAUUUUCUUUCAGUUUAUUUUCGUAAAAUCGAAGCUAAAAAUACGCCGUUAUCACGCGUAGACGUUCGCAGUCAUCGUGAAAUUUUUGAUCACUCACGUGUAAAAAACUGUUACCGAUAAGAUACGUUUUUUAUAAUUUAGGUGAAUUGCGUCUGCGAAUUUUCGAUUAAUCAACAGAAUAUCGGUCAAUCUCUGAGGGUCAUCGACCGUCGAAAAUUUCGUCAGCAAAAUCGAGAGUAUUGAACGCUCUCGAUUUUUGCAUAGAGUUCAGUUGGGAAAGGUCCGGCUUGUCAGUGUCGAGUGCAAGAGGAAUCGCCAUGAUCGAGUCAUCGGGAAGUUUCAACCCAAGAUCCUUUUUUUUGUUGGUCUUCAUUCUAACGGAAUACCUCGCCCUCUGUUCCUGUCGCACCACCCCAUCAGAAAAUGGGGAAAUUUCAAUCGAAGAAAACACGUGGAUUCCCGUAACGAGGAUACCCCAAGGUGUUCUCCGGGGUACGAAUAUGACGACGCGCCACGGGAGAAGGAUAUUCGCUUUCAAGGGGAUUCCGUACGCUCGACCACCGGUUGGAAAUCUCAGAUUCAGGGGACCGGUACCACCGGAUCCUUGGAACGGAACCUUCGACGCGAGCGAGGAGUCCGCCCCGUGUCCCCAGUUGAACGGAAACGACGUUGUCGGGGACGAGGACUGUUUGCAUCUGAACGUCUACACGCCUAGACUCCCUGCGAAUACGAACAACGCCACGUUGUUGCCGGUGAUGCUUUACAUCUACGGGGGGCAAUUCAAAUCCGGAGAAUCCAGUUCCUCGCGAUGGGGUCCCCAUUUUUUGUUGGACAAGGACGUGAUCCUCGUUGUUCCCAGUUACCGGAUCGGAGUGUUGGGCUUUCUGAGCACGGGGGACGACGUUUCCCCUGGAAAUUACGGUUUGAAGGACAUGCUCCGCGCCCUGGAAUGGAACCGAGAGAACAUACGGUACUUCGGAGGUGACCCGAACGUGGUAACUCUGGUGACCGGAAGUUCGGGAUCAAUUUCCGCGCAUAUUUUGGCAUCGACCAACCUGACGGACGGUCUGUUUCAUAGGCUCAUAGCCGACGGCGGGACGUCUCUCACCCUAACGACGGUGAGGCCUGGUAAGAUAUACACGAAAUACGCCACGGAACUGGGCAAGUAUCUCGGUUGUCCAACCGACGCAUCGAGUGCCCUCGUAAACUGUUUGAGGGACUUGAGCGUCCAUAGGAUCGUCGAUUCGAACAACCCCUUCAACAUAUGGCGCGAAUUCCCGAUCAUAAUAUGGGGUCCGACCGUCGAACCUGACGGGGAAGGGGCAGUCCUCACGGACAUGCCUGCCAAUCUGAUAGCUGCUAAUAAAUUUCGCGACAUACCGAUGAUAUCGAACGUGGCGAGGGACGAAGGACUCCUUUGCGCCGCCGGACUCUACGCGAAUCGGGACAUGCUCAGAGAACUCUUGGAUAAUUUCGAGGUCCUUUUGCCCGUUGUAUUGCAUUACGAUGUUUUAUUCGACGACACAACGGAGUUCACCAAUAUCUUCAGAUCGCAUUACCUGAACGAUUUGCGAGCGGACGAAAGUUCGCUGCUCGCCAACAUGACGCGGAUGAUAGGCGACGCCCUUUUCGUCUGUCCUCUCAGCGACGUGGCUGAACAUUUUUUGAUCCAUUCUACGAGCGAGCAUUACGUGAGCUCCUUUCAAUACCGGGGCAGGCUGAGUCACAGUUACAUAUUUAGCGGGGGUCGCACCGACGACUGGGGUGUAGCGCACGGUGAUCAAUUGAUUUACAUAUUUGCCAGAGAGAACGUACUCUACGGACCACCCGACAUGGAGUUCAGCGAAACCGAUUGGAAAGUCGUCGACAACAUGGUCGAUCUGUGGACAUCAUUCGCGAUAACCGGGACGCCGUUUGCCGUGGAUUCGGAUUCCCCUGUUAUUUGGGAGCCCUAUUCGUCACGCGGUAAUUAUCUCCGUAUAGGAGAUGGUCCGGAUCCAAGAAUGGAGGUAAAAUACGACUUCGGAAAAGACAGAACGAGGUUCUGCAGGGACUUCGAAGCCGGUAAAGCGAAUAUUUCCUGGGUGUAGCGGAGGGUCUGGAUUUUUCAACUUUGCCAUCAUUUUUCAUCCUCGGAUUAUCGCGUAUCACCUAUCCCUCUUUGUUAUCUUCCCAGGAUUUUUUCAACCAGAUUUUCAUUGCGUUUUGAGAAACAGCGAACUUUGUACCUGUUAGUGUAUAGUGUCGUAGAUCGAAUUUUGGAAAAAAAAACAAAAAUAUCAAUCGCAAUUACCGCUCGAAACAAUCGAGAAAAGUAAAGAAAAAUUUCACAGCUUUUA